CAAUUAUCGUUAUGAUAGAACUUUUAUAUUUUCCACGUCUUCACUUGUAGCCUAACAUUUAUGAUCCUGCCAAGAAGUAACAGGGAGGACCAUGAAAAAAAUAAGUGGCAUUAAAUACAAAGUUAGUCCCAAGGGUUGUGAAUACAAGUGUAGAUCAAAGGCAAAGCUCCCUUUGAUUGGGAAGACCAUAUACCUGGAUGUCAAAGAUUCCAAACAAAUAAAAAAACUUAAGAAUGAUUUGAAAAGGCUUGGAGCGACGCUGGAAGAGUUUGCCAGUUGUGAUAUCAACUAUCUGAUCACAUGUCAGCUCUUGCCGAAGCCUGGGCGACCAUCAGACCCUUUCCAGUAUGGGGAUGGCAGUCCAACCUACAGUCCCUUCGACUGUGAGCAUUCUCCUUCCCCUGGCUGCACAGACGAAAAGAAACUCUCAGCUACUCGUGGAAGAGCACUCUUGGAAAAAGCAAAAGUCACCAAACAGGCCUCUUCCCUGCUAGAGAAUGCCCAGAAGUGGGGGGUGAAGAUUGUCAGCCUGGAGGGCGCUGUCAAAUGGAUCAACAGGGAGCUGAAGAAAUUGCCUACCUUACAACCUAACACAAAGAAAUCCUCCAAGUGCAUUUCAUCCUAUAAGAACUUGAGUGGUCGGUUAAUCAAAUGUGAGGUGGAGAGCUGUGUGUACCGGCCAUUUUACCAGGAGCUGAACCAGUGGCCCCACAUCAACCUUGACACACCCCGGGGUUCAUGCCCUUUUGAUGGAUCAAUUAUAAAAUGUGGUGAAGAGUCACAGGAGGAGCGGGGAGAGUUGCUGGCUGCCCAGGUGGAUGUGCCUUCAGAAGAUGACACCCCUGGCAAUGACAGGGACAACAUCGAUUCUCAAACAAACAAGAGAUUGGAUAUGGAGGGGGCAGGGAGAGUGCAGAUGUUAACAGCCGGGGAGAUGAGAAGACGCCGGGAGCAAAAACGUCAACAAGACAGGAAAAAAGGCUAUUGUGAAUGCUGCAGGCUCAAAUACGACAACCUCGAUAGGCAUGUUCAGGAGGAGUGUCACAGGCUGUAUGUGAAGGACAAAACAAACUAUGCUGCCCUGGACAGCAUGAUCACCUCUGGGCCAUCCUCCUGCACCUUCCUUCACAACAUCCUUACACAUGCUGCCAUCAAGAGGAAGGCUUCCACUAGAUUGAAGAGUCCAGUAAAGUUGACACAGACAGCUAGCAGAUUUUCCCUUAGAAAGCUGCAACCCAUACCAAACAGUAGACCCCCAAGAGAAACAGACAGAGACCAUCUGGUGGUAGAGUCUGCAGCUCCAGAAGUGAAGGCUUGGAGCUCCCCAAGGAAACUGAAUCAACAAAAACCUGCAAUGGAUGAAAAUCUAACAAAGGAGGCCUUUUCACCAAAACUGCCUAAACAAUCAAGUCAGGAUGUACCAGGUUAUCUAGAAAGUGUGAAGUCAUCUGUUAAAUCUCCAGUCUGUGUAAUAAACAGUUCGAAAAAGCAAGUAACUAAUUUACCAAAAGAAAAAUUCAUAAGUCCAGUCAAGUUGAGUGAAGACACAUCAUUUAGUAGAAAAAAUUCAACUGUUAGCGUGAACUUUUGUAAACCUUCAAACCUCUUCUCUGUGGAUGGAAACAUAUCAAGUAAUGAUUGUGAUAAAGCCCACGCUGAACAAUGUCUGCAACAUAUACAAGGUGAAAACAAUAAUGCGACAGAAAUUGCUCUUGAGGGAAAACAGACUGAAACACUUGUAGUCUUUGAUCAUGAGACUAAGAAAAGGACUUCUGUGAGCCCUAAGUCAAAGAAAACAAGUGCCCAGUUUUUGACACUUUUUGAACCGGUAAAUGAAAAAUCAAACAUUAAUGACUCUUUGUCGAAAGAUCUGAUAGAUAUAAAAACUGUUCCAGAGUGGCUUACGGAUAUAUCAGACAGUGAGUCCAGCAGGAGUGUUACUAGAAAAACUGAGAAGGGUAGGGCUUUUGCUAAUGUGGCAAAUGCUGAUGAACAUGAUGAUGAAAUUAAUCAUGACCAAAAUGAAAAACAUACUGAAUGUGAAAAAAGUUAUGUACCCAAAGUGUCUAAUGCAAAAAAAAGUUCUAUGGCUAAUUGGAAAUCAAAGGUUAAAAGUGAUAAUUGUGAUGGUGAUUUAGUGUCAAAAAAAGAAAGUAAACAGAAUGAAGAAGGCAAAUGUUGUCGCUACAUUGUAGAAAAAGGGAGUGACAAUUCUGAUAAUGCUGAUAUGCCAAAAGAAUUAAAAAACCUGAUACAUUCAACAUCACAAAUAUUGACAUGUAAUGAAAGCCCAAGGAAAUCAAAGUUGGAAGCAAGUAAAUUGAUUCAUUAUGCUUUUGAAUCCUGUGGCAGUUGUAUACCGAGGAGUGGUGCAGGCAGACAAGGGUCUGAUUAUGCUGGUGGAAAUGAAAAAAUAAAGGAAUUUGAAAUAAUUCAGAGGUGUUUCUCAGAGUUGCUGAAACAUACCAGACAGUUGGAGCUGAGCACAAAUGACUUCGAAGAUUGCUUUGCCAAGGAAUGGAAAGACCAUGAACUGCCGGAUGGAGAAAAUGUUGGCAGAAUGACGCAAUCUGUAUCAAACACUUCAUCAGAGUUUGAAUUAUACAAAGAUAACAAUCCAUUUUAUGUUAACAACAUUAGUAAUAAAAAGAAUCUUGUUCAAACGAAAGACAAGCUGUCAUCAGACAUAAGUCUUGAUACAGAUAUGCCAUCAGAUUUUCAAGUGCUUGGUGGUGAUGGAGAAGUGUUACAUUUUACAAAGACAUUGGCAGAGAGGAUCAAGGAAAGAGGGAGAAGAUCGGUUUCCAUAUGCAAUGCCACUUGUACAAGGAAAAGUCCUACAGACAGCUGUUCAGUCAAACAGAACAUUUCUCAAAAAAAUAAGCUUGUACCAUAUAAAACUGUUGCCAGUUUAGCUAGUGCUAAGGUCUUGAAUAAGUACCGAUUGCAUCGACAUACAGGAAUAACAGACAAUGUUGUUCAUCAGUCUGGGUAUCAGGGUGAUGAUGAAAAGGAAACAACUCCAAAGGUGAACACCCUGAGGGCUCUGAGGGAGAAAAUUAGUAAAAAGAACAAAUUGAGUGAAAGGGCGAGGCAAUCAGAUAGAAGUGUGCCUUAUGAACCAUCCUGUUUGAAAAACAAUGUUCUGGUAACUCUGGAAACAGAUCUUGUGAAGGAAGCAAAAGGUAAAAAUCAAAGUUGCAAAAAGACAUCUGCCUUCAGGAAAUGUGUUGCAGGCAAGACUAGGGCUAAAAUAACAUUAGAAAAUGAUAGGAAAAAAAUAACCAUAGAAAAGAACGAAAGAAGGAGGGGAGUAAAGAUAAAACAUAUAUUCUGGGACUAUGUGGCAGUAGACGAGGGAAAAAAUCCAGACAAAAAUGUGACAAUGAAAAAUAAUGCAAAAGAGUUAAGGCUAUUGCAAGAUAGUUCACUUCUCAGUAGUGACUUUUCAGAAAAAGAAUGCUACACCCAAAAGUUAAAAAGAAAAUGUAACUCCCAGCUUAAUAAAGGCAUGAACAAACCACUUGGGAAUGUAGAGACAGCUAUUGACACAAUCACCAAGCUUAAUCAAAAUGAGAAAAAAAAAGUUAAUGUAGAAACAGCUAAUGACAUAGUCAAUAAUGAAAAAAAUCCUAGAAGAGGCAAGUUUUGGACUUAUGAAAUAAUUACCGAUGACUCAGAUGUGGAGGAGUCAGUUGAACUCAUACCAAGGCAACUUAAGAAUUUAAAAUGCCUGUGGAAUAAUUUCAGUAAUUCAGAGUCAGAGCGAAGGUGUAGAAGCAGAGAGAGAAGUAUGAGAGAUGGCCAGGUUAUUAGAACAGUAAAUAAUUGUGAAGAAAGGACGGUUAGUAGUUUGAAUAGUUGUUCAAAUUUAGAGUCAGAAAAUAAGAAAAUAUCUGGUUCAAGAAAGAGGAAGGUAAAUGGGACUAGUGUGGUUGUACAGGAUGAAAAGUUGGAAGAUGAAUUGGAUCUGUCAUUGCCAAGGGAGGUGAGAAAACUGAAACUGGAUAAAACUUUAAUUGCAAGGAAGAGCAGGAGCUUGAGAUCUUGUGGUCACUCACCUGAAAUCCAUUGUAACAGAUUUGGGUCUACUUCACUACACAGAGAUAAAGGCAGGGAUGUGGUGCCAAAAACAAAUGUACAAUAUAAACAAAGAUCAAAUGAACAUGCUAUUGUAGAUACCAAGCAAAGUACUUCAGAGCCUUUAAGAAAAUAUACAGUAAAUUCCAAAACAAAAACACAAGGUAAUGAUAGGAGCCCUUCCCCAGUUUUCAAAUCCAGUUCACAGAACUUUAAACCCAUUAGAAGGAAGUCUCCAGUGUUUAACCACUCACUAAUAUCAGGGAAGACUAAGCAAUGUAAAAUCAGUAGAAUUUGCUCACAUAGAUCUGCACAGGAAGACGAUAAGAUUACAGCAACUAUUUCUAAUGGAAAUUCAGGAAGAACAACUCCAAAUAAGAGCAUUGUUGAAACACCUAAAUCCCCACCUGGUGGUCAUAGCAUAACACUGAGAGCAGAGAGGAUACAGUGGAAGAGAAAACGACUGGAAUCGAAGCCAGAAUCUGCAGAGAGUCAGCAGAAAAAGAUGAAACUGUGUAGCGAAGAAACUGGUCACUUCCCUGUAAAAACAAGUGUGGUAAAAAGUUUGAAUAAGGAGAAUAAGAAAGCAUUUCCUGUGUCUAAAGAAAAUUCAAAUGAAUGUAAACCAUUUGCAUUACACUGGAGCUCUAUUAAAAGGAAAGAUAAUGGAACCAGUGAAUUAGAAGUAACAGAGAGAGUGAAAAUUAAUAAAAUGUGGACUGUGUUGAGUGAGAGAAGUGCAUCAUUGUUGCUGUCCAGUGAGGAUGACCGAGAGACAUUCGAGGGGUUAGGUGGCAUGGAGGAGAGUCUGCAGUCUGGCCUGCCCUUCCAGAACUGGUCCAAGCAGCAAAUCCCUGUAAGUGAUACACACCAGUGGGAAAUAGAGGAUGAAGACCAGGAACAUGAGUCUGUGGCAAACCUGGUAAAGCUUGUACCACUUGUUGUAUCUUCUCCUUGGAAACACUCAAAUUCUUCAUGGGAUGAGGCAUGUGACUCAAUGAUUGAUAAAUCUCUGAAACACAGUCCAAACUCUUCGUUGAAGUGUUUGAAUUCUUCAAUGAACUAUAAUUUUAGCAGCCCAAAAAAGACCUUUUUAAGUCCUGCUAAGAAAUUGAACUCUCCUGUUAGUAAAAGACCGAAUACUCCCAAUAAGAGAAAUCCUGUUCAUUCCAGUUGUAUAAGACACAUCGAUGGGGAAAUUGAGUUCAACUUUGGAAGUCCACACAAGAACCAUGUUGCGUUUAGCCCUUUAAAGAGUGUGAAUGGUGCUGUGGUGGACUGCUCCAAACGCCCAGUGCUGGCAGCGCUCGACUCCACACCCACACCUGUAGACAGGAGGACUAGGCACCAAAAGGAGAACACAUGACCACCAAACUUAUAGCGGCCAAAGGUAUGAGGCAUAACAACGGGAACACAAGAACACUAGUCUUAUUGUCAGAGGGAAACAACGGAAACACAUGAAUACUGAAUAUUUUAGGAGGCAAGAGGGACAAGGCACGAGUCUAACCAAGAUCCAUCAUGUGAUCACUGGGAAAUGAUUAUUUGAUGUUUUCCAUUGGCGGAGUGGUAAAUUGUGGAAGCUUAACACAGAAAAUAAUAACAGUCAAGAACAGUAUUCCAUUAAUGAUUUGUAAUGUGUUCUUUAUUUUCAACAUUUGAACAAUGUAACUUGAGAUCAUGUACAAUGUAUCAUGGAUAGAAUUAAUAUAUUUUGUUUCUUUGUUUACAUUUCAUUGUACUUUAUAAUACAGCUUUAUUUCAAGUUUAGAACUCUUACAAUUAAAGUGACGCUCUUAUUCAAAAUCAAUACAUAUACAUGUAUGGUAAAUAUUAAUUACUAUUAACAAUAUUAUAACUGUUUUUUCAAUAGCUUAAAGCGCAAAAAUAUUAAAUGAUUGGUGAAUGCUAAAAGAUUUACUGCGUUUACUUUGGUCUCAUAAGGUAGAAAAACCGUGUUUUCUGCACAUUUCUUGUCAAUUAAACUCAGUAUCCUUAAUAAGAACCAUUGUUUUUGACAUUUGUUCAUCCUUUUAGGUAUAUUAAAACAAUUGUAGUAAAUGUGUUAAAUCUUAUUUGGAGUAAUAGUGCAUCUUUAAUAUUAUGUAUUAACACAAGUAUAAUUUGCAGAACUCAUGUUUGAUACAAAUGUAAUUUUAUUUUGAUGGGGCAUCAAAAUAAAAGUGGUCAUUUUAAAAGAACACUGUCCAAUCUUCAAUCUUUUUUGUGUGUCCAGGUUGUAACUUAGUCAUCCAUCAUGAACUGGGCGGUUUUGAAUUAUCCUGACACAUGUUAGGCCCGCAAAGGUGAUGUACCUUAUACCUACUCAACCCGAAUCCUGAGGGGCAUGAUUAAAGAAAUUAUGGUUCCUGUGCAAUGCACUUUUCCUCAAUAUGAUCAAUCUAUGAAGUUGGAUGUCAAUAACUCGAAAUCUUUUUUAGUUCUGGUCAUGACAAAAAUGCUUGAGACGCACCCUCAUACAAACACAUGCCUACCCUUUCUAUAAUCUGCUGCCUAUCAGUGGGGAUAAUAAAACAACACUAAUUAAUGUGUGAAUUAAAUAAAAGGAAUAGUGUCAAAAGCAAUACCAAACAUUUUUAAACAGUAAUUCAUCAAAUUCUUCGACAAUUCAGAUUACUGGUAGAAGGAUAAUGAAGUUGAAAUAUCAGUGAUCAAACAGUACAGGCUGAAGUAUGAUUAUUUUUUCCAAUUAUGAACAAUUUGAGAUGUACUGGUAUUCAGGGCUUCUGAAAACUGACAACCUGCCAGUUUGCACCAAUUUUGACCUUGACAGACUGAUUGCAGUUACAGAAAAUGGCUAAAUAAUUGGUUCGAAAUUUGCUCAUUUUUUAGGCCAGAAGAGCUUAUGCGAUGGUAAUGUGUACGUAGUAUGUGCGUCCGUGCAUCUGUAAACAAUUCCUUGUUAACAAGAUACAGCCUUCAGUUUUGAUUGUAUCUCGAUGAAACUUGUUCAGUAUCUACAUAUCCAUUAGAGCUUGGAUCCUUUCCAAAACCAGCCAGAUCCGCCCAUGCAUGCCUAGAUUAUGGGCCUUGAUAAUAUAAAAAACAGUGCGUCUGUAAACAAUUGCUUGUUAACACGAUACAGUCUUCAGUUUGGAUUGUAUCUAGAUGAAACUUGUACAGUAUUUGGAUAUCCAUUAGUGCUCGGUUCAUUUCGAAAACCAGCUAGAUUUGCCCAUGCAUGCUUAGAUUAUUAGCCUUGAAAUGAUUAGAUUAUGGGCCUGAUAGUAUAAAAAAAUGCUAUUGUGUAAAAAAAUGCUUGCGAACAUGAUACAGUCUUCAGUUUUGAUUGUAUCUCUAUGAACUUUGUACAGUAUUCAGAUAUCCAUAAGAGGUUGGUUCUUUUUGAAAACCAGCCAGAUCCGCCCAUGCAUGCCUAGCUUAUGGGCCUUGAAAGUAUUCAGAAAUCAGUGCGUCUGUGAACAAUUGCUUUUGAACACGCUAGUCUUCAGUUUCUAUUGUAUCUUGAUAAAACUUGUACAGUAUUUAGAUAUGAAUUAAAGCUUGGUUCCUUUAAAAAAAAAUAGCCAGAUCCGCCCAUGCAUGCCUAGAUUAUGGGUCUUUAAAGUUUAAAAAUUGCCAUUUUUUAGCUAAAUCUAUUUUUAGUUAAGUCUACAUGAGCAAAGUAUAUUUUUAGCCCAGUUUACAUUUAAAGUCACAAUUGUUUGUGAAUGUUUGUUCAAAUAAUGCCCCUGGGGUCAUUUCUGGCCAUGCCCCUGGGUUGACAGAUGUGUUAUACUUCAAUUGGGAAAGGUUUUUUGGGAAAUGUUAAAACUUUUUUGUCUGAAAUAGCAGAUCCUUGUGUAACGUGCCGGGGCUUACUUUCAAAUUGUAUAUAUAAGAUUUUCCUCUUUGGCUACUUUGCCAAAUAAUUUGCACUAAUGAUUAUUUAAAAUGAUUGGAUCGUGAAAAUAAUUAUCGUUCAAUCAGUGAUAAAUCAACAAAGAUUGGAAUAUUUACAGUUUUCAUAGACGCACAUAUUAAAUUAAUUAUUAAUUAUUAACUUUUCCUAUAUCCCUAGCUUUUCACUUAAAAACUGUACUUAAUAGUAUUAUGUCAAUGUAUGGUAAGGACUUUUGAGUUUACUUUCAUUACUUCUAUUGUUAAGGAGGCGCUUUUCUAUUUAAUACUCUCUGGUUCACAGUUUAUACCAUACUUAUAUCUAUAUUAAUAUAGAUAGUUCGGUUUAAACCCCUAGGGAAUUAACAUGUAUAUUUGCCGUUAGGACAAAUAGUGUUUAACCCCUAUUAGAGACAAUAAAUAUAGUACACCUUG